GGAGGAGGAAGAGGAAGGGGACGCCCCCCCCCCUCCGAACAACGGCGAGAUGAACGAAAACACCUUCUCCCGCAUUCGGCUCUGGUGUCCGCGGCCGUUUUCUGGCUACGGACCGAACAAGACCGCCUGCUGCGUGGGUCUGAAACCGGCAACGGCGGCAGCGGCCGGUACCGGGGGGGGCGGCGAAGCCCGGCUGAAGGAAGGCGAGGUGCCCACGGCGACCGGGACGAAUUCGGUGGCCCCUUGCCCUGCCGCCGGCGGCCUGGAGCGUCGUCGUUGGGGGGCAACGGCAACGACGGCGGUGGUGGAGGAGGAGGAGGAGGAAGAGGAGGCGGAGGAGGAGGAGGAAGAGCAGGGCAACCAGGUGAUGUUGGACACGUGGUACGUCAUCAAACCGGGCAACACCAGGGAGAAGAUCGCCUUUUUCGUGGCGCACCAGUGCGGAGUGACCGGUACCGGCACCGGUACCGGCACCGGCUCCCGGCACAACCUCAACAGCAUGAAGGUCAAAGGCAACUGGGAGACAGAUGGCACCAAACCCAAGAGGAGGAGGAAGUCCCACGACCCCGGUAAACGGCCGCCUGGCCACCCCGGUGGCCGGGAAACCGGUCAGACCGAGACCCUCCGCCUCUGCCCGGCGGGGCCCGGCGACUCGUCCGCCGGCGGCGGCCCCGUGUGCCACACGGACUUGGUGUCGGUGGCCGAGAUGGUGGCGUUGGUGGAGCAGAGGGCGAGCGCCGCGCUGCGCGGCUAUGCCAAGCCCUGCCGCCACCCGGACACCGACACCAACCCCGACCCACCGACGACGUCUCCGGUGGUCAGCCGGGUCGACGAGGAAGACGAUGAUGAGGAGGAAGGUGGCGUCGAGUCCAGGGGAGCGCCGGACACCAACCGGGUGGCCGAAGCCAUCGCCAAGAUCGAGUCCGGGUCCGUUCCCGGGGGGAAGGCGGGGGGCGAGGUGAGGAUCGCCUUCCGCGUGGCCAGCUCGGACAACCGGGCGACCGGGGAGCCACCGGUGGCCCACGCCAACCACGCCGGUGCCAACGCCGGCUGCAUCUUCGUGAGCUGCAACCGGCAGGCGGUACCGGGACUCCGCCGGUCGGUGGAGAAGAUCACCUGCGACCUGUACCAGCUCAUCGGUCCCUCGCCCGACGGGGCUUUCCCCCCGGAGAUCGGUCCCGACCGGGCGGGGGGCGUCUCCGGUUCCGCCGCCGUCGCCUCCGCCGCCAAACCGGCCACCGAGACCCCCGCCGACCGUCUUAACGGCUUCCACCUGGAGGUGGUGGUGACCGGCGGGGUGGAACCGUGCGUGUUUUUCGGCGAGGGGUCCGAGGAGGAGAGCCCCGGGACCGGGGUCGUGGGGCCACCGGGGGGCCCGGGAGGAGGAGGGGCCCCGGCCACCGUACGCGUGACCGUCAGCCCCGACCCCCAGCGCCGGUCCCUGGAGGAGGAGGAAGAAGCGGAGGAGGUGGAGGAAGAGGAGCCGUUACCGGGACAACUCUUCCUGCUCCACCGGCCCCCGGCGGGGCGCGCCCGGGGGGGCGGCGGCGGCGGCGGGUCGGAGCCCAUGUACUGCCUGUACCACCGGGUGUCUCACGACUUCCUGGAGAUCCGGUUCAAGAUCCAGCGGCUGCUGGAGCCCCGCCGGUACCUGCUGCUCCUUCCCGACCACAUCACGGUCGGUAUCCUCCGGUGCCUGCCCACCCGGUCGCUCGCCGCCCUCAAGUGCACGUGCCGCCACUUCCGCGCCCUGAUCGAGACCUACGGGGUCCGGGCCACCGACUGCCGGUGGAACCGGGACCCGCUGUACCGGGACGACCCCUGCAAGCAGUGCAAGCGCCGGUACCGGCGGGGCGACGUCUCGCUGUGCCGUUGGCACCCGAAACCUUACCACCACGACCUGCCUUACGGUCGCUCGUACUGGAUGUGCUGCCGACAGAAGUACCGGGAGAGCCCGGGCUGCCGGGUCGGUCUCCACGACAACAACUGGCUGCCCCCGGUCACCGGCGACGGACCCGCCAAGAGGGAGGAGGGCAGGUGAUAG